AUGACCCAGAAGCCGGAAGAGGAAUCAACCUGGGAACCUGCGCCAAUCGAAAAAGCCGCGCAAGAGGGGAGGAUUGGGCAAGAUGAUCCUGCACAUCUCCCGGCUUAUAAGCCAAAAAGUGAACCCGCUGGGCCCACUACUAGUGCAGCGGUUGAGAUGCGAGAGUUCAUCGUGAUUUCCAGUCCUGAACCCACUCCACCCCAGAAGAUCAAAGGACCGGAAGCGAAGUCUUCUGUGCAUCCCAGCAGGCCAAGUAAGAGGAAGGCUGUCGUUUUGGACAGCUCAGAAGAAGAAAGCGUCACCGCAAACUCUUUGGCAAUUCCCUUCAAGUUACAUACAAAGAAGUCUACUACCCCCGGGUCUCAAGUAGAUAAGACAAUCCAGUCCCCCAAAGUCUCGCGCAAGAAGUCUCGCCCUUCUUUGACCUCCCGCGCCCAGAUCCCCUCAAACAGCGCCACUCCCCAUCUAAGCCGACACGACAAACACGAAAUGAUUGUGCAAUCGAAGCCCGUUCUCAAUCCUUUCCGCUCAGUCAAUGAUAAAUAUAGCUCUCAUGCCCUUUCCGACAAAAAGGUCAGUACCCCUAACAUGAAUUUUUUUUUCUUUCGGAGUUCUUACUCAUCUCCAGUUUACCAGGCCAAAAAAAAAUCAUCCAAUUCUUCCAAAAAAAAUCGCAGAAGACGCCAGAGGCAGAAGGCCAAUGCCAGGGCGGAAAACACUCAAUCCCUUAAGACCUCUACGGUCAAAAAGCGUGCGGGGAAAACGGUGCUCGGAGAUGAGGAUUCUGGUAUCCCCCUUAAAGACAGGCGAAUGGAACAAAAUUCUAUUCCCAUAGUUAUCAACGGCGAAACCUUCCUCCCUCCCAGAAUGGGAGAAGGCAGUAAGUUCCCGAGAUUCAUGCGCAAGUUCUUUUCAUACACACUCUCCCCCCCUAUGCCCCUCUCCCCCGCACGCCACUAACGAUCAAAAACAGGCGCACGCAGACCCACCAAGGAAGAGUUGAGGAAGGAAGCCUUAGACAAAUUCGGGACGAGACUGAACCUCGCAAAGUCUGACUUCCUGGCGCUCUGUCGCUCCCGUGGCGAAUACCCCACCCGCAAAGAGCUCGACUUGCGCGCUUUCCCAAAAGACUUCCAGUUCGAGCCAUCCAAUGAAACCCCACCUAUCCCAUCUUCCCCGGAGGAGGACAAAAACGUUAUGAUCCGAGCACUGGAGGAAGACAGAUCUCUCGGCGAGAAUCGGGUCCCGGGACCUGCCGACAUCGAGAAUGUGCGCAGGAGACACUCCCGGAGGAAGAAGUUUGAAAAAGGUUGUCUGGCCAUUUUAAAGGAAGAGCCCAAUAUCGUCAAGGGAGAGAAUCAUUAGUUCCAAUUUCCCCUCCAACACUGCUGGAGCUUUUUUUUUUGUCUUGUUUUUUUCCCUUUUCUUCCUUGCGGUAGCUGCUGCCGUCAAUGUCUUGUUGGGGUAUGAUACUCUGUUUAAGUCUUGUUUUUUUGUUUUUACCCCCUCCUACUUCUGCGCCCCAUAUUCCCAAAGCUCACAUUGGCAUCUAAUCCCACUUGUCUCUCUUCC